CUGUAUCAGGCGGAAGUGGGACAGGAUGUGGAGGAUGAACAGAUUCUGAGGGUCUACUUCACGUAGUCUUAGCUAGUUGCAUUCUCAAGCGCAAGAUAGCAGUUCGAGUAUUUGUGCUUUGAAGUUUUGUUUUCUUGCAAGUGCAAUUUUGUUAUUCCUAUCGUAAACGUCAAAUUAAAAGUCCGUCGUCGUGGUAAUAAAGAGUUGCAAAUUAAAGAUUACAUGAUGCAAUUUCAAGAAACGACGAAGAAAACUACCAUGCGCCGUUCUACUCGUCUCAGUCUCCGUGCUAGAAGUGGUUAAUCCGCCUCCGCGCAUUUGGUCCACAGGUUUUGCUAAGCUUGGCUUGUCACGCUGCGUAUCUUGCCCCGCAGUCAGACUAAGCAUCCCCACGGCGCUAAAAAGGAUCCCCAACCUUGCCACACGUAGGCAAUCAGACAAUCAUCCCCGUCACUAGCAGCUGUGACCUCAACACGACUUCGAUACUUACGACGACCUCAGCGAGCAGCAUCAAUCUUCAUUUCCGAGGAUUUCCCAACGACAAACCUCGACGAACAAUCACCAGUCAGCACCGCAGCAACUUCAAUCGUCGUAAACAUAACCCUCUUCCGCCAGCCGUACUCGUAGAAGAGUCAAACUUUUAUCUUUCGGAGCAAGUAGUAUGACGAACAUGAGCCGCAACAUAAAUCAGGAUGGCGUCGACCAGUGUACAAGUCGUAUGCGGGAAGCCUUGUCCGAAGGGGACACGGCAAAGGCGAAUAAGUACUUCUACUAGAAGUUUUUAAAUAGGAAUUAUAGGCUUUUUUCGUUUCGAGCUGGAGGAGCUCAACCUCAUCGACGGUCAUAGAAGUCUCUUUUUCAAAAAGUUAGGUCAACUUUGUUGUCCUGUAGAUAUACAUAUUCUUCUACUUCUCGCUAGUAGUACUUGUUGUACUUGAUGCCUUCAAAUUUUUCUGUCCAAAAUAAAAAUCAGGUUCAUGGAAAAAGCCGUCCGCCUUGGUGCGGACGCUGCUGAGAUGAAGCGACUUUACACGAGCAUGGUCGAUGCGACAGCAAGUUAUGCUGGAGCUGCAGCAAAGCCAAGGAGUGGCAGUGGGCAAGCUCGGCAGAGGAGAGGGACUAGUGGGAAUAGAGCGGGUGGAGCAGCCAAUGGGACAGCUAGGCCAGCGAGUGGAACAGCGAACGGAACGUCGUCAUCAGCAAGUAGUGGAGGCACAACGGGUGGUAGAGCAAAUCCAGGAACUGCAGGUAAUGCUCGGCCAUCUGGAGGAGCUUCCGCAUCAUCGUCAACUGGAGGGUCCGCUAGACAACCAACAGCGAGACCUGGUACAACUGGUACAACAGCUGGAGCAUCUAGUAGACCCUCAGCCCAAUCAACUAGUGCCAAUAGUGCCUCAUCAAGACCCUCAGGAGCUUCCUCAGCAAGACCUAGCGCCGCACCAACAGGUGGAGCAACAGCUUCCCGACCUAGCACAGCCUCUUCUUCCUCACGACCCUCUAAUCCGCCACCAGCUCGAAAAGACUACACACCAGAACAGAUGCAACUAGUGCAGAAAAUAUUGAGAACAAAAGACUACUAUGCCAUAUUUGGGUUGGAGAAGUCGGCUAGUGUGGAUGAAAUCAAGAAGGCCUACAAGAAGAUGGCGCUGAAGUUGCAUCCAGACAAGAACGGGGCACCAGGAGCAGAGGAAGCGUUCAAGAAACUGAGCAAAGCAGUGCAGUGCCUGAGCGAUGAGAAGAAAAGGUAAAAAUUUGUGUCCCUUCGUGUUGAACAUACAUGAGAGUGUCUCAAGUCCCAGUGCAACCAUUCGUAUUGAUUUUUGAAGUUUUGGAUAGUGAAAAGUAUAUAUAGUUCUUGUUUCAAAAAUAAAUAGACCAAUCGUCAACCACCUUCACAGGAGAACUUACGAUCGUUUUGGCGAUCCUGAUCGUGCGGAGCAGCAAGCUGGGCCACAAUUUAGGCAAGACGAUUUCAUGAGUGCCAACGAUUUCUUUGAGAUGUUUUUCAACGGUGGAAACGUAGUCCACAGACAUGCGAGAGGGGGAGUUGGAGCACAGAGAGGGGGUGGCGGAGGUACUUGCUUUUUUAGAGGUUGUUUUUGUGUAGCGCUCCUAGGCUUGAGGAAGGGACAUCACCAUCUUCAUGUCCUAGUUCUCGCCUUAGUAUUAUCAACCUUGACAUGUUGACAUUCUCCAAAUCAUCCUGCCCAGGUCCGAACUUGGACGAUCAGAGAGCGCAGUUGCUGCAGCUGUUACCGCUGUUUUUCCUGUUGUUUACCGCGCUCUUCUCGUCAAACAUGUUCCAGCCGACGCCGCAGAGAAAGUACUUACUACGAUAAAGCGCUUGAUUUGUUUUAUUUCAUCCGUCCCUCGUCGUGAUGAAGAUGAUCGUGAUCCGCAGCUCCUUCUGUUCUCUUUUUUUUUAAGACUCCACAUGAUACCAAAUCUUCUGAUACCAAAUCUUCAGGUUUUCCUGGCGCAAAGAUCUCCAAUUCCAAUUGGGAAGGAAAACGCCAAGAUUGAAAGCCGUUUACUACGUCUCCAAAUCUUUUGACGGCGAUUUCCCUGAACAGUCAGUGAGGCGGAGAGAGUUUGAGCAUGCAGUAGAGCUGGAUUUCAUCAGGGGACAGCAGUCGGAGUGCGAAUAUCAGGAAAAACAAAUGUGGAGGAGGGUACAGCUUCUACUUCGAUUACAACUUCUUGUGCAGAAAUUGUACAACUAAAAAAACAAUCUACUCUUAAUCUAAUUCUACUCUGGUGCACAAGCACCUAACACUAUAAGUAUUAGUAUUCUACUAUAUCCACGUCCACGACUGACUUCUAGUACUCAUCUACAGCUAGUACACUCACCACUAGAGAGCCGUACUAGCCGUCUUAUAGAUACAUAUACUCUAGCUCUACAUCCACAAAUAUUAACUACAGGUAAUGCAAGCUCGCCGCCACCAAGAUCCUAAAGUCCGCGCUAGGGAAGUCGAGAGGGCCAAAGCGGUUCCCAGACAGGCUUGUGAGGCUCUAGAGAAGAUAAAGCAGAAACAUCCAGGCUUGUACAGAAAUGCGCAAGGCUAUGACGAUUUUGCGGCGGAUUUGUAGCACCUCCAGCCCCUACGUUUAAUAUUAAUUUCCAACACCCCGUUUGAACAACCAGCACGACCACGACGUUUGCUCUUUUUGGUCUUCUAACUAGAAAAACAUUAUUAUACAACAUAUAGCUUCUUCAUAAGAGACUCAAUGAAGUCGUCAAAAAUGUUAAUGUUACAAUAAUACCUCAAACUCAAUAAACAGUCAGGAUCUUCGGUUAGUCUUGGCACUUUUUUUUUGAAAAAUCUACUUCGGGGAAGUGCGCUUGAGAGCCCAGACUCACUUCCCACAACCACGUCGCGAGAAACACCCAGACUCACUUCCCCCCGCGAGAAACACCCAGACUCAGUUCCCCCAACCACGUCGAUCUCGGAAGAUAAAACCUGCACCCGGCCUCGGAAGAUAAAAUGUGAGUCUACGUCGAUCUCUGCAGACCCUGCACCCGGCCUCGGAAGAUGAAUGCUCAGAUGAAAGAACCCAAAUGUUGUCCAAUCCCAACAUCAUCAAUUUACUUUCAGAUGUGUUUUGGUUUUCAAUUUCAAGAACCUCUGAUAGAUUGUGAAGACCUGCCGCGUCUGCGACUGCGUCGUAUCAGAAGAACCAUUUAUUUGAAGGCAAUACAC